CAAACGCGUUCGUGGCAAGUUGUUGUGUUUAAGAAAAAUACAAUUUCUUAUCAAUUUUCCGGCGUGAUAACGCGACCACCCACGUUUUAAAUAUUAAAUAAUAAACAAGCUAUCAUAUGGAGUCGACCAGGUACUUCGGGGGCGUAGAAGGUGGUGGCACUCACUCAAACCUGGUGAUAUGUGACGAACUGGGCCGAGUGGUCGGCAGGUCCCGUGGGCCUGGCACCAACCACUGGGCGCUGGGCAUAGACGAGUGUGCCAAGCGGGUCAUAGACAUGCUGCAUGCCGCCAAGGAAGACGCGGGCAUACCGCUCGACAUGCCUUUGGAUUCUUUGGGUCUGACGCUGUCAGGGUGCGAGCAGGAGAGCAGCAACGCUUUGCUAGCUGACAGCGUGAGGGAAAAGGACGGAAACUGCGCAAGAACUAUCUACGUUGCAUCCGAUACUGCUGGAUCUCUGUUCACGGGAGCUCCUAAUGGUGGCAUGGUGCUUAUUGCUGGUACAGGAUCAAACAGUUUGCUGCGGACUCCGGAUGGUCAGCAGUAUGGUUGUGGGGGGUGGGGUUACCUUUUUGGGGAUGAAGGUGGAGCCUACUGGAUAGCCUUUCGAGCUGUAAAGACGAUAUUCGACGACGUGGACGGACUGCGUCCCUCGCCUCACCCCACGGAGCGCGUGUGGAAGGCCAUCAAAGAACAUUUCAACGCGGAGACCAGAGCUGACUUACUACCUUAUGCGUCUAAGCUGUUUGACAAGUCACAAUUCGCAGGUCUUACAGCAAAACUCUCAAAACUAGCAGAAUCAGGUGACGCGCUUUCUCAACACUUGUUUGCGGACGCAGGCGCGGCGCUAGCGGCUCACUUAGCGGCUCUAAUCGAAAGAGCUCAGAAGGCUCAGAAGGAAGGCGGUUCUGUUGUGUUCCGGGAAGGGAUCAGGGUUGUGUGUGUCGGAUCCGUGUGGAACAGUUGGAAAGCCUUAAAACCUGGCGCCUUGAAGCAGUUGGCUGACAGACGGGUAAAAUUCGACCUCGAACUCGUCCGUCUGCGAGUAUCCAGCGCAAUGGGAGCCGCCUGGCUGGCCGCUAGGCACGUCGACUUCGACUUACCUAGAGACGAUACCGCCUUCUGUGAUGUCUUCUACACAUACCGAUCCGAUAUUACCGAUAAAGUUAACGGUACUCAUAACGAUAACGUUAUAACGGAAAACGGUUUCGGGGUAAAUGGUACUAGUGAAAACGGUAAUAUAGAAAACGGUAUAAAAGAAAAUGGUGUGAUCGGAUGCGGAUUUGCUAGUGGUCUUAUAGGUUACAUUAGUGCUAAGGAAAAGUUGGCUGCGGCAUCAGUGAUCAAUCUUUCUGGUAGACGAGAGCAGUACAACUUUAUAGCUGAUGUGGUGGCCGUAUCAGCACCAUCAGUGGUGUACAUAGAGAUCAAAGAUGGGCGCAGGAUGGAUCUAUUCACGGGGCAGCCCAUCACCCUGUCCAACGGCUCGGGGUUCAUAGUGAAGGAGGAUGGUCUGAUACUGACCAAUGCCCAUGUGGUGGUCAACAAGCCUAAUGCCAUUGUUAAUGUGAGGCUUAUGGAUGGGUCUAACCACACAGGCGUUGUGGAAGAUGUAGACUUGAAGUCAGACCUGGCCACGCUCCGGAUACCCAUGAAGAACCUUCCCACCAUGAAGCUUGGCUCCUCUGCUGACCUCCGGCCUGGCGAGUGGGUAGUGGCUAUGGGCAGUCCACUCGCACUCAGUAACACAGUGACGGCUGGAGUAGUCAGCUCCACGGAGAGAGACAGCAAAGAGUUGGGGCUCCGAGGCAAAGACAUGGUGUACAUACAGACGGACGCGCCUAUAACGUUCGGCAACAGCGGCGGCCCUCUGGUCAACCUGGACGGUGAAGCUAUCGGCAUAAACAGCAUGAAGGUCACCUCGGGGAUCUCCUUCGCUAUACCCAUCGACUAUGUGAAGGACUUCCUUGCUAAGAGUAAAACGAAACCCCCGCACGUGUCGCGUCGGUACCUCGGCAUCACCAUGCUGUCUCUCACUAACAACAUUCUGAUGGAACUACGCAUGCGGAACCCAGAGAUGCCGACAGAUAUAAAACAUGGUAUUCUGGUAUGGAAAGUGAUCGUCGGAUCUCCCGCGUACAUUGGCGGUCUUCAGCCAGGGGACAUAGUGACGCACAUCAACGGCACCCCCGUGAGCAGCGCCACGGACGUGUACGCCGCGCUGGAGCAGACGACCGGCAAGCUCACCGUGGACGUGGUGCGCGGGCGCACACGGACCAAGCUCACUGUCACGCCUGAGAUACACUGACGACGACCAUUUCUACAUUGUAUAAAACAAAGAUAAAGAUAAAGAAUAUACAGAAAAAUAGAUAAAGAAUAGAGAAAGUUGUUUCCCGCCGUCUGUACGCUUAAUUCUUUUAAACUACAAUCAUUUCAUCAAUAGAUACAGUGAUUCAAGAGAAAGGUUUAUAUGUAUAGUUUAAUAUUGCUUUGUGUUAGUUUAAUCUUUCUCAUAUAAACCUCAAAAGCAUACAUAGAAGCUUACUGCGGACCAAGCUCACUGUGACACCUGAGAUACACUUGACGAUUAUGGUUUACUGUAUAAAUGUAUUAUAUUUAUAAAAUAACAUAAAUGAAAUAAAAGAGUUUAUCUAAA